CCUCAGACGGAGAAGCACCGGCGGGCCCGGAACUGGACCGACGCCGAGAUGCGCGGCCUCAUGCUCGUCUGGGAGGAGUUCUUCGAGGAGCUGAAGCAGACCAAGCGCAACGCCAAGGUGUACGAGAAGAUGGCCUGCAAGCUGCUGGCCAUGACGGGCGAGCGCCGGCUGGGCGAGGAGAUCAAGAUCAAGAUCACCAACAUGACCUUCCAGUACAGGAAAUUAAAAUGCAUGACAGAUAGCGAGUCCGUCCCGCCCGACUGGCCCUAUUACCUAGCCAUUGAUAGGAUUCUGGCCAAGGCCCCGGAGUCCUGUGAUGGGAAACUGCCGGACGGCCAGCAGCCGGGGCCCUCCACGUCCCAGACCGAGGAGUCCCUGUCGCCGUCGGCUAAGUCCACCCCUCUGUACUUACCGUAUAACCGGUGCUCCUACGAAGGCCGCUUCCAGGACGAUGGCUCCGACAGCUCCUCCAGCUUACUGUCCCUUAAGCGCAGGUAGUGUGCGUGCCCUCCUCCUGCCCCCACCACAGGAGGGCUGUGAGCGGCCAGGGGACAUUGGGGCUGGGUUUUCAAGGGUGAAUAGGAGUUGGCCAGUGGAGAAAGAGAACAGGAAGUGUUCUCUCACUGGCGGGCUGUAGAGGGAGGCGGCCAUGAGCGCCUCCAGGGACA